AUGGAUAGUACUCUUCUAUUAUUUAUUUUACCAAACGCAAUUGAUUUAGUUCGCACCGGUGUUCUACAUAUUGAAGCAUUUCAUCAUUUUGAAUUGGGCUAUUUUCUUGUUGGAUUGGGCUUCUUUCUUAUUUGUAUAUUCAAAGAAAUAACUCGUGCAAUCGAACGUCGAAAUCAGAAUAAAAAUAUCGAAAAAGAACAAUUAAUAACAAUAGGAACAACACAACAUGAUCAUACAACAACAAUUAGACCAAUUGUAAACCAAACAAUAAAAGAAACAAAUGAACGUAUUAUUAUUUUAGUAUGUGCAUUAGGUAUUCAUUAUUUUUUCAAUGGCGUAUUAGUUGGUGGACAGAUAAAUGUUGAAACAUUAUGGUUGGUACUUAGCGCAAUUGUUUUUCAUAUGUCAUUAGUAGCAUUUUCUGUUACAAUUCGAUUGUUAGUUGAUAAUCAAGAUUAUAUAAAAAUAUUUGGCUAUAUGACAUUUUGGAGUUGUAUGGGUCCACUUGGUGUAUUAGUUAGUCUCGUUGUAACAUCAUCAGAUGGAUUAAAUUUAAUUAAUGGUGUAUUACAAUGUAUAUCAGCUGGUACAUUUGUCUACAUAACAUUUCUCGAUAUGCUCUAUAAUGAUUUAAUGCAAGCAAAAUUAUAUCCAUUCGUUAAUAUGAUAUUAGUAUUUAUCGGUUAUAUUAUAAUCGUACUUAUUAGCUUCUGGCAUCAUCAUCCAUAA